GUCGGGGAGAUCGAACCCCGGGGGGGAAAAAGUUCAACUGACACGAGUGAUUAGAUUUCAUUGAAUGAGCGGAUCAGUCAGACUGUUUUUCAAUUUUUAUAUACACCCGAAUUUCUUCUGAAGCUCAAUUUGGAAAACUCGGGAAAAUGGCGGACAAAGAAGUGUACGAUGAUGCGGUAGAGGAGCGGGUUAUAAACGAAGAAUACAAAAUAUGGAAGAAAAACACGCCUUUUCUCUACGACCUGGUCAUGACUCAUGCUCUCGAGUGGCCAAGUCUAACAGUGCAGUGGUUACCUGAUGUGAACAGACCGGAGGGAAAGGAUUACGCAGUUCACAGACUUGUUCUGGGAACACACACUUCGGAUGAACAGAACCACCUGGUCAUCGCCAGCGUUCAGAUCCCUAAUGACGACGCUCAGUUCGACCCUUCUCACUACGACAGCGAGAAAGGAGCAGAGUUUGGAGGCUUUGGGUCUGUGAGUGGAAAGAUUGAGAUCGAAAUAAAGAUCAACCAUGAGGGUGAGGUGAACCGGGCGAGAUACAUGCCACAGAACCCCUGCAUCAUUGCCACAAAGACCCCGACAUCCGAUGUGCUAGUCUUUGACUACACUAAACACCCGUCCAAACCAGACCCCAGCGGUGAAUGCAGUCCAGACCUAAGGCUCAGAGGCCAUCAGAAGGAGGGCUAUGGUCUUUCCUGGAACCCCAACCUGAGUGGAAACCUGCUCAGUGCAUCAGAUGAUCAUACGAUCUGUCUAUGGGACAUCAGCGGCUCUCCAAAGGAAGGAAAGAUCGUAGAUGCCAAAACCAUCUUCACAGGCCACACUGCCGUAGUGGAGGAUGUGUCCUGGCACCUUCUGCACGAGUCGCUUUUCGGCUCAGUGGCUGAUGAUCAGAAACUUAUGAUCUGGGACACGAGAUCCAACAACACAGCUAAGCCCAGUCACUCGGUGGACGCUCACACUGCUGAAGUCAACUGCUUGUCCUUCAACCCCUACAGCGAGUUCAUCCUAGCAACCGGCUCUGCAGAUAAGACUGUAGCCCUGUGGGAUCUGCGCAACCUCAAGCUGAAGCUUCACUCUUUCGAGUCACACAAGGAUGAAAUAUUCCAGGUUCAGUGGUCUCCUCAUAACGAGACGAUCUUGGCCUCCAGUGGAACAGACCGGCGACUCAACGUCUGGGACCUGAGUAAAAUCGGAGAGGAACAGUCUGCCGAAGACGCUGAAGACGGACCUCCAGAAUUGCUGUUUAUUCACGGCGGGCACACGGCAAAGAUUUCCGAUUUCUCCUGGAAUCCCAAUGAGCCCUGGGUGAUCUGCUCCGUUUCAGAAGAUAACAUUAUGCAAGUCUGGCAAAUGGCCGAGAACAUCUACAAUGACGAGGAGCCCGACACUCCUGCCUCAGAGCUUGAGAGCCAGGCCUCGUAACAGCUUCCAGCGUGACUUUCUUCAUUACUCCGGUUCUUUCAUUACAAAGAUACAUUCGCUCGCAAUCACUUGGGACGGAUCGGGUUUGAAACUGCAUACGUUACCGGUCUCUCUUUAUUCUCAAGUAUUACUCAGCGUUUCUUAUUUUUGUGUACUCGCCGAACUAACGAUGUGUAAAGCAUUUCCUGAAAAGGCAACAGCUGGGUCGCGUGGAUCAUCCUGAGAACGUCUGUUACUUCGAGUAUGCACUUGCUGUCAAUCGUGUUUCCCUGCGCCCCUCCCCCACACACGGAAACAACUUUCACCCCUUUAUACUUUUUGUGCAUAAACCUGAUGAUAAUCGCAAUAAAACUUUUGUAAUGCCUUUUAA